UCCGAGUCAAUGAAAAUACAAUAAAACCACAACGCGCCGCUCAUUUAAAAUACCGUUACUCCAAAUUUAGCAACUGAAGAAGUAAGCAAUUGGCGCGCACAUGGAUUUGCAAGGGCACAGAGGUUUUAAUAAUCCGAAAGCCAUGCUUUCUUCUCUGCUGAGCAAGAGGGAAAGGCUUCAGGAGGAGCUCCGAAGUGUUGAGAAACAGGUAUAUGAGUUGGAGACGAGUUACUUGCAAGAGACGACCACUUUUGGUAAUGCGUUGAAAGGCUUUGAUGGGUUUCUUUCUUCGUCAAAGAACACGGCUAACUUAAAAAGGUCCAGAAAGUUUCAGCCCGAAGAUAGGGUAUUCUCACUGUCUUCAGUCACCUCACCCGCGGUUGAGGAGCUUGGAGUUGGAAAAGAAGUAGUAUGUCAUGGGAGUUUUCCUUCUCUGCUGUUGGUAGAUGGCAAAUCAGAUAUGGUUCAAGGUCGGCUAAAAGGUGGAGCCUUGGUCACCACCUCACAGGGAAAACCAAAGAAGGGAAGAACAGGCCAGAGGGAUCUGAAAAAGAACAGGCUUUCAAGCGACGUACAUCCCGAUGAAGACGAGGAUCUUUGAUCGAGACAACUCGGGUUUUUCAGUUUUGCAGUUGAUCUCGGAUGAAUCAUAUUCUGUUGUAAGUUAUUGCCACUUUUUUCGUUAAAUUUGUUAGUCGUUUUUCCUGCUCAUAGCUUAUGUUGUAAGGUCACCGUGCACAAAUUUCUGUAUCUUCCAAUCUCUUAACAUUAUCAAAACGAAGACUUAAAGACAUGUACACGUAUUCUUACUACGGCAAUUUUUCCUGGGUCUUUUC